UUAAAAAAAGAGUUCUAAGAGAUGGCUUUGCAGAAUGGACACUCGAAGAAAUCGUUAGACAUCGCCGUGGUUGGAGGUGGUUUGGUUGGGUCUCUUGAAGCUCUAUAUUUAGCAAGAAGAGGGCAUCGCGUACAGCUUUAUGAGUAUCGUGAAGAUAUAAGAAAGACACCUCAAGUGAGAGGUAGGUCUAUUAAUUUAGCUUUAUCAGUUCGCGGAAGGAGGGCUUUGAAGGAUGUGGGAUUGGAACAACAUAUUAUAAAAGAGCACGGAAUACCGAUGAUAGGUAGGAGGAUUCAUAGAUUGGACGGAUCCACGUAUGUCAUACCUUACGACGCAAGAACCAAUCAGUGUAUUUACUCGGUCGGACGGAAUUAUUUGAACGCAUCACUUUUAAAAGAGUCUGAUAAUUAUGAGAAUGUGAAGACAUACUUUAAUCACAAACUAGUUGAAGCUAAUUUGCAGAACGGAACAAUGACGUUUUUGAAGAUGGAUACCAACGAAAAAGUGUCUGUAAAAGCGGAUCUAAUCAUUGGAGCUGAUGGAGCUUUCUCAGCAGUUCGUAAAUGUAUGAUGAAGCAGCCCCUUUUCGAUUAUACCCAGAAAUACAUAGAACAUGGUUACCUGGAAUUGUGUAUACCCGCUGAUGAGAAUGGAUCGUUUCAGAUGCCUGCAAAUUAUUUACACAUUUGGCCACGAGGCAAUUUUAUGAUGAUUGCUCUACCCAACCAGGAUUGUUCGUGGACUGUAACAUUAUUUAUGCCUUUCACUAGUUUUCAAAGUAUAGAUACAGAGGAUAAGCUGCUAGCUUUCUUCGAGACGUACUUUCCUGAUUCUAUUACUUUAAUCGGUAAAAAGAAGUUGAUUCAAGACUUUUUUGGAGGUUCACCAUCACCUUUGGUGUAUGUUAAGUGUCGACCCUAUCACGUGGAAGAUAAGGCUCUCCUCAUAGGCGAUGCAGCUCACGCAGUAGUUCCUUUCUAUGGACAAGGCAUGAACGCUGGAUUUGAAGACUGUACGAUACUCAACCAUCUUUUCCAGAAGAAUAAUGACAAUCUAGUUAAAAUUCUGUCCGAAUUUUCGGACGCAAGAUGGAGAGAUACAUUUGAAAUAUGUGAUUUGGCAUUGUAUAAUUACAUAGAGAUGCGAGAUUUAGUGACUCGUCCUUCUUAUCGGAUCCGUAAAACAAUGGACGACUUCUUAUAUUGGUUGUUGCCUGAUUUUUGGGUGCCACUGUAUAAUUCUGUCACAUUUACUACUAUGCCAUACAGUGAAUGUGCGAAAAACAGACAGUGGCAAGAUAAGGUUUUGAUGUACAUACUCACGGUGCUGGGAAUUUCAGCAUUAGUUGGUGUCUCCUUUUUAUACAACUAGCUACUUUUUACCUUCACAUCAUUAGUACCAAUUAU